UUGGAAAACUCCUUCCAUAGUGGAAACAAGCUAAAGUUAGUUUUGUUCUCGUUAUUAAAUUCGUUUAUAAUAAAGGUAUACUUCAGUCACGCACUCCUUUAUUAAUUCCGCAUCAGUUUCAAUUUCACCGCUUUGCCAUUGAUCGCAUGGUUGCCUUGAACCGUUAAUGAUAGUAAAUGAAAAACCACUUCGCGUAGUAUUUGGCGAUUUUCCAACUGCUGCCAACGACUUUUCCCAAAUAUUUCUGUGGGUGGGGGAGUGGAAAAGUGUUGUGACCCAGUGGCAUGGUCAAUGCCAUGGACAAAGUUCAAUUUUGCUUGUGACCGCAACAUUGAAACUGGCGCAAACAAUAAUCAACGGAAAUGCCAAAAGCAGAAACGAAAUAACCGAAAUAAAAAAAUUAGGAAAAACAGCAAAAACGAAAAACAUAAAGAGGAAAACUUAAACUUGGCCAAAAACAUUCGCAAAUUGGUAAAUUGGCAAUCGCGAAAACUAGUUGCAGGAAAACCAAACGAACCCGUUUUGGUGGCCGAACACAAAGUCGAGCCUGAGACAGAGACCGUGAAAGCUGUUGAGGCUGUGGCUUAGGCCGAGGCUGGAGCUGGAGCGGAGGAUGUUGAUGUCGUCGCAGUUGUCCAUUAUGUCAUAAGGCUGAGUGCCGCCAGCAGAUCGCGGAAAGCAGUGAGCGCAUGUCAAAAAAAUAAGCAAAAAACAGCUCGUUAGCUUCAAAUUGCAACUGCAUCCAGCAGUGGUUAAACUGGAGCCAGCGAGGCAGAAGCCGAAGUCGAAGUCGAAGCCGAGGCAGAGCUAGAGGCAUUCAACUGAUGCAUAGAAAGGCUGCACAUUGAAGUGCUGGCCACGCAACUCAACGGACGUGUUUAGUUAACAGUUAAUAGUAACACAGCAAUGGGUUUUCGUGUGGUUCUCUUUGCCGUCAUGGGUCUGGGUGCCAUGUACAUGAUGCAUCUGUUGGCUCAGGAUUGGACACGCAUACGUCCCAUUCAGGGCAUCACGAAUCUGGCUGGGCAGGCGAGCAACGCAUUGAACCUGCAGAAUCUGGCCGGUCAGAUUCCCCAACUUGCGGGUCAGAUACCCAAUCUGGCCAGUCAGGCGAGUGCCGCCUUGAAUCUACAGCGUGGCAAGCGAGGCACGCUACAACGUAAGCAGCAUGCUGUGCCGGGCAUUGACUGGAAACGCAUCCUGGCACGCGAUCCUUUCGAGUGUCUGCAGUCGCUCAUAUGCCAGCUGAUGUCUGGGGCCGAGGCGCAAUCCAGUGAGGCGGAAUUAUUGAUGGACUUCUUGGAAUCGUCGCUGGAAAUGGCGCCUGCUAAAAUUGGACGCGCCUUCAGUCGUGGUUUGGCGUUGCGAGGGAACAGCGAACGUUGCUACGACGAGUAUCCUUUCUGCUUGUACUCAGCCAAAACAAUGCUGCGCAUCCUGCGCUGGUUCAGCGAAACAAAGAGUCCGCCGAUGGACGAGGAGUAAAUGUAUACACCCAACAAUAGAGGUUAUUAGUUGUACAAUAAUUAAUUAGAUUUAAAUCCUCUCGAAUUUGGCAUUCGCAUCCAUCUCAGUUAUAGAACACGUAGUUUAUAUGAUCAGUAUAGCAAAAGUUUAUUAUUUUUGUAACAAUUUCAAUUUGCAAAAAUAUUUAUUAUGUACUCGUUUAUGCAUAAUUUGUGUUAUCUGUGUGUUAUAAUCUAUGUUUAUACAUAUAGUAUAUAUAAAUCAAUAAUCAAAUGCGGAAU